CUCUUACAGUCUAGAAUAAGUAUGAAUUUCUAAAGAAAUUAAUCUAUUGAUAAACAAGCACAAACAAUCGAAAGUAAAAUAGUGGCAUUAUUCAUUUCUUUAUCAAAACAAAUUUAAUUUAUUUUCACAAAUCAUGAGCUUAAAAUUAUACUAUGAUUUAUUAUCGCAACCAAGUAGAGCUCUUUAUAUAUUUUUUAAAGUUUGUAAUAUUCCAUUUGAAGCAAAAUUGAUAAAUUUGGCAAAAGGUGAACACCUUACAUCAGAGUACCAAAAGAUUCAUCCAUUUCAGAAAGUGCCUGCAAUUGAACAUAAUGGAUGUAAUAUGAUUGAAAGCAUUGCAAUUUUGAGAUAUAUCUGUAGAGAAUUUAAAGUAAUUGAUCAUUGGUAUCCUAAAGAAUCAGAACUUCAACUUAAGGUUGAUGAAUAUCUUGAAUGGCAACAUCUUAAUGUUAGACUUCAUUGUUCUUUGUAUUUUAUUGUCAAGUAUUUGAUACCAAAAUUAACUGGUAAAUUACCAGAGCAGGGAAAGGUAAUAAAAUAUAAGAAUCGUAUGAUUGAGGCACUUGAUGCUCUUGAAAAUGUUUGGUUAAAAGACAGAACAUUCUUAUCUGGUUCCAAAAUCAGCAUUGCUGAUAUUCUUGCAUCAUGUGAAGUAGAACAAGUUCGAAUAGUUGGCUAUAAUCCACAUAAGGAUAGGCCUCGUGUUGCUGCAUGGAUGAAAAGGGUUGCAAAUGAAACAAGCCCUUAUUAUCAAGAAGCUCAUGUACUUUUAAACAAACUUACAAGUAAAACAGAACAAGAUGCAUUAAAAAGCAAGUUUUAA